AUGGGACCUGUGAGCGCACAACUCAUGAUGGUCUGGGUGCUCUGUCCCUGCAACGGAGAGGGGCGGGGUGUUGCGGACAGAGUGGGUUUCCAACGGUAUGGGCGGCUCCGCAAAAUGCGGGUCUUGUCGGCCAAGGGGUCCCUUAGGAGCCGACGCCGAGCUUCCUCGCUAGUGUAUGCAUCUCAUAUGGCAGCUCGGCUCGGUAUUUACCGAGCGUCAACAAGUCCCCUAAGUCCCCGAGCGAGUCCCCUUGUUUGGGGACUUGUCCGCCUGUCCUAA